CCUAUGUCCUUGGAAACGCCCGAGGCCGACCCGGAGCUCUCCAGGAGCCUCGACCUUAUGAUAAAUCCGGCCUGGCCCUCACCUCUAAUGCUCCCCACAGCCUGCAAGCUUGUAACCGUCAUUGACCAUUACAUUUGCACGUGUCCGUCCAUGGUGGUCCAGAAUAACUCCAAACCCCAAAGCCUCCCAUAUACUCGCCCUAUACUCUCCUAAAUCGCGGAACACGACGUCACCACUUCCUGCAGGCCAAUGCUAUGUCCUUUUUCGGAGGAUUUCCCGGCUACCCAUCCUAUCCCGCACGAGGCGGCCCCUUCACGGGACCCUCAUCGUCGACCGAAGCCUCGCCCGCGGGCAUGACGGGCGACCCGCAAUUUGACAUCUUCGAGUGGCACCCCGCGUACCAGAGCUGCCAGCGGUACUUCCUCGACCACGCGCAGCACGAUGCGUCGGUGCAGGCCGUGGCCGCGCUCGUCAACAUCUGCCUACCCUUCCAAUGGAGCGAGAACCCCGUCGCCAACUCCCAAGGGCCCUCGCCGCACGCUGCGGGGCCUGGCGCCUACAAUAUGCCCUGGCCGCGGCACGGCGCGGUGCCGUCUCAUCCACAGCAGCGCCCGUCGGUGCCCAUGUGGGUGUCGCUAGUACCGUACAUCCGCCGCCUCAUCGUGACGGGCUUCGACCGCGAGGGCGUGCUGCACGGCUUCUUCGGCGACGACUGGCGGAAGGGCAUUGGGCCCGUGCAGGAGUGUGAGCGGCGGAACUACCUUUUUGCGGCCAAGAGCGUGGGCUGGGCAAAGGUCAAGUACCAGUACGACAUGAGCCCGCAUGAGUCGGUGCCCUUCCUGCGGCCGCUGCAGAACGUGCACCUGGCUGAGAUUGAGGGCGCAGAGAAGACGUGGAGUCAGUGGCUGGCGAUGGAGGACUGGAUGGUCGGGCCAAGAGCGCCGGAGGUCGACGAGGCUGCGCAGGAGGGCGCUGGACGCAACGUACAGCCUUGAUGUUGUCGACGUCACCAAGAGAGGGGCACAUUCAGGAUCGUGCUCAAUAUGGGCUCACUCGCAGGGUCGAGCAAACAGGGAAUAUGGGAAGGCGUUGGAAAGGGAGGUCAUGUAUCAGCACUCACUACUUGCGACGACACCGUGGCAACACUGCUACAACCUAAUAGAAAUGGUUAAUACAUCACACCGU